AUUUCCAAGCCGAAACGCAUAAACUGUCAGCCCGCCUAGGUCUCUCUUCUCUCUCUAUACACACUUUUUCGUAACUUUAUUUUCCGUUCUCAACACCACUCGUGAGCUUCUUCUCUCCCUGACAAACAAACUCACCGCCACAAUCACUUAUUCUCCGUUUGUCUAGCUUAAUUACUAGGGUUUUGAUGGAAGCUGCUGCUACUGCUGCUAUCUCAGGCCCAGGCCCCUUGUUUUUAGUCCCAAAGCUCAUAGAUACUCACUCUUUUACACCUCUUCCGAUUAAAUCGCCGAUUCUGCGUUCAUCAUUCCCCGAGGCUUCUUCUGUCAAGUGUAGCUUCACCAGUUUGCCUAGUUUUCGACUUUUCGCUUUAGCCGGUGAGUCUGGUGGACUUACUGAAGAUGGAGAUGAUGCUGAAUUCCAAGGGCGGAAUGGUAAUGGAACUGGUUUGGUUUCCGACAACAUCGUUUCAUUGCCGCAGGGCGAGCCAGACCACAACUACUAUAAAAAUGAUAUAGACAGCAGAUCAGAUAUUGUGACAACUGCGGUAGCAUAUGGAAGCGGAACUGGGGGAAGCUCAAGGGCUGGACUGUUUAGAACUCCAAUAUCAGGGGGAGUGCAGAGUGCAACUUCAGCUCAUGGAUUACCUAGACCAGCCUUAGCAGUUCGCAAUUUGAUGGAACAGGCUAGGUUUGCUCACCUUUGCACCGUGAUGUCACGAAUGCAUCAUCGGCGAGAAGGAUACCCAUUUGGUUCUCUAGUUGAUUUUGCACCUGAUUUAAUGGGACAUCCAAUAUUUUCAUUCUCACCAUUGGCUAUACACACGAGAAACUUAUUAGCAGACCCAAGGUGCACAUUGGUGGUACAGAUACCUGGAUGGAGUGGGUUAUCGAAUGCAAGGGUCACAAUUUUCGGUGACGUGUUCCCACUUCCAGAAGAUCAACAGGAAUGGGCUCAUAAGCAAUACAUAGCGAAACAUCACCAGGGACCUUCUCAACAGUGGGGGAACUUUUACUACUUCAGGAUGCAGAAUAUAAGCGAUAUAUAUUUUAUUGGUGGAUUUGGCACCGUUGCUUGGGUCGAUGUCAAAGAAUAUGAAACUCUGCGACCUGAUAAGAUAGCAGUCGAUGGAGGGGAGCAAAAUCUGAAGGAACUCAAUGCAAUAUUUUCAAAGCCUUUAAAAGAGCUUUUAUCUUUGGAAAAUGAAGUUGAUGAUGUCGCUCUCAUCUCAAUAGACAGCAAAGGAACAGAUAUUCGUGUUCGGCAAGGAGCUCAGUUUAACAUACAGAGGAUACCAUUUGAAGAUGGGCAUGCUGUUGAAACACUCGAAGAGGCCAAGGCAGCACUCUGGCAACUAAUAAACAGAGGUCGAGUUCACAAUUUGCAGAAGUAGACCUAAAUUGCUUGGACAUGUUAAUUUUCAACUGAAGGCACACCUAGUUAAAAGUCGUUAAGUUUGUUUACUCCUUAAUUAGCGUUAAAUUCUGUGAGGAUCGGACUUGUACAAGUUAUUAUGUACUACCCAGUCUAUAUCGAGAGAUGAUGGGUAUAGUGUAACAUAAUUUGGGACAUUGAAAAUAUGGACAACAGAGCGUGGGCUUAUAAGUUUUGGGUUUGCAACUUGUGCAAUAAACAAAUAUUUCGGUGUUAAUUGAAUAAAUGCCGCCACCCUUUUUAUAAAGAUACGGUGUAACAACGUUAUAUGUAACUUGGUGGAGGUAUUUAAAGUAUUUUCGGUGUAAGAAUUAUGGUUAUUAGUAAAUAAAAUGAUUAGGAUGGCUGUCA